UGUUACUUCCUGAACGCAGUGUCAUAUGACUCCGUCUGUUCAUGUGCUCUUAGCUCACAACUGUUUACACACAGACGCUUUAAUUACUAGAAAUAAUAACAAUGUCUACAUUAGUGGCGAAUCGGCCCGUGGACCUGAACGGCCCUGAAGCAGCGGCCCGGCAGCAUGCGCAAGCAGUGGUCAGAAACUACAUAUCCCAGCCCAGACUGACUUACUCCACUGUGUCAGGUGUUAAUGGGCCGUUGGUUAUCCUGGACAAUGUCAAAUUUCCACGUUAUGCAGAGAUUGUGCACCUGACUUUACCUGAUGGGACCAAGAGGAGCGGUCAGGUGCUUGAAGUGAUUGGCACCAAGGCUGUUGUCCAGGUAUUUGAAGGAACCUCAGGUAUCGAUGCCAAGAAGACCGCAUGUGAGUUUACUGGUGACAUCUUGCGCACACCAGUGUCUGAAGACAUGCUUGGACGCGUCUUCAACGGAUCUGGUAAACCAAUUGACCGUGGUCCUAGUGUUAUGGCUGAGGACUAUUUGGACAUCAUGGGACAGCCCAUUAACCCUCAGUGUCGUAUCUACCCGGAGGAGAUGAUCCAGACUGGCAUCUCUGCUAUUGACGGCAUGAACAGCAUUGCUCGUGGACAGAAGAUCCCCAUCUUUAGUGCUGCUGGACUGCCACAUAAUGAGAUUGCUGCUCAGAUCUGUCGUCAGGCUGGUUUGGUGCAGAAAUCAAAAGAUGUUAUGGACUACAGUGCAGAAAACUUUGCCAUUGUCUUUGCUGCUAUGGGGGUCAACAUGGAGACUGCCCGUUUCUUUAAGUCGGACUUUGAGGAAAAUGGAUCUAUGGACAAUGUGUGCUUAUUCUUGAACCUGGCCAACGAUCCUACCAUUGAACGCAUCAUCACCCCGCGUCUGGCAUUGACCACGGCGGAGUAUCUUGCCUAUCAGUGUGAGAAACACGUGCUGGUCAUCCUUACGGACAUGAGCUCUUAUGCUGAAGCUCUGAGAGAGGUGUCUGCUGCCCGUGAAGAGGUGCCGGGUCGUCGUGGUUUCCCAGGUUACAUGUACACUGAUCUUGCUACAAUCUACGAGCGUGCUGGAAGAGUGGAGGGCAGAAAUGGAUCAAUCACACAGAUCCCCAUCCUGACCAUGCCUAAUGAUGAUAUUACCCAUCCAAUCCCUGAUUUGACUGGAUAUAUCACAGAGGGACAGGUUUAUGUAGACAGACAACUGCACAACAGACAGAUCUAUCCUCCUAUCAACGUCCUGCCGUCUCUCUCUCGUUUGAUGAAAUCUGCUAUUGGAGAGGGAAUGACUCGCAAGGAUCAUGCUGAUGUCUCAAACCAACUGUAUGCAUGUUAUGCCAUUGGCAAAGAUGUUCAGGCCAUGAAAGCUGUGGUUGGUGAGGAAGCUUUGACUCCUGAUGAUCUGUUGUACCUGGAGUUCCUGCAGAAAUUUGAGAAGAACUUCAUUGCUCAAGGUUCCUAUGACAACAGGACUGUGUUCGAGACACUGGACAUUGGUUGGCAGCUGCUCCGAAUCUUCCCCAAAGAAAUGCUGAAGAGAAUUCCUCAGAGCACACUGGCCGAGUUCUACCCGAGAGAGUCCGCUGCCCGCCACGGCACCUCCUAAGACCUUCAGAAGGCCUUGGUCAAUCAUCUCAGACCCCUGUACCUUUACCACGAUACAUAAUACAGUGAUGUUUAGAUUAUUUGGGCAUAACCCCCAGAGAUUAUUCCAGUGUCCCCUAUUGUUGUGUUAUACAUGUUUGUAUGUAUUUCAGCAUGUGGAUAGGAUGUGUAGAUGUGAUGGUUGUAUAUCUUACAUUUGCUUUUGUUUUGGUUUACUGUUUCGUUUCCAAAGACGCAAGCUCCCUUGGUGUUAAUUUCUUUUAUUUAUAUUUAUAUUUAUAUAUAUAUAUAUAUAUCUCACUGUCCCCAACCUAAACAGACUUUGUAAACCAUUGAGCUCAAAGGAAAAAAUUCAGGGCUCAUUUCCACACACACAUGUUCUCUUCAACUAUCACUGGAACAUCAUGCACACACAACAUAAACAUGCAACGUACCAUAUUUUUCAAACAUUCCAAUGUAAUAACUGAAACUAAUUGCUGUACCUUAGAACAAAGUAAUAUUGGCCAUUGGCUGAAGAUACACUAUGUUUUAUUUUAAAUGUUCAAAACAAGCUAAUGAAAGCAUGUACACCGAACUUGGUUUCUGGUUAGAUGACAGACUGGUAAUUAUAGGUGUUGAAUGGUCAUUUAGUGUGUGGCUGUCACUGACAGUGUUAUUUACCUUUAGAGGAGGAUAGAGGAUGUUUACCACGGCAGUGCUUUAAAUAUAUAUGUGCUGCGAUACAAUAAUGAUUAAACAUCCCAACUCUUCUGUAUGCAUAAACGUGUGUUUUACCUGUGUUGACUGCUGUCGUGUCAGAUAUAAUUAAAUUAUAUUAGUA